AGGCGCCCGGACGUCGGCGCUGGUGGAGGCUGGGCGGGCGAAGCUGGAUCGGCGGUGGCGGCGGCGGAGGGAGGCCGGGGCCGGGGCUGAGGCCGGAGCUGGGGCUGUGAGGCCCUCGGGGCGGCAGGCGGCGGCGGCCCGGGGCUCGAGUCCAGAGGGAGGAGUGGCCGCCAUGGCCGAGAGCAUCAUAAUCCGAGUCCAGUCCCCUGAGGGUGUGAAGCGGAUCACAGCAACAAAGAGAGAAACAGCUGCAACCUUUCUGAAAAAGGUUGCAAAGGAGUUUGGCUUCCAGAACAACGGCUUUUCCGUUUACAUCAAUAGAAACAAGACCGGUGAGAUCACAGCAUCAUCCAACAAGUCUCUCAAUGUGCUGAAAAUCAAACAUGGAGACCUCCUCUUCCUGUUUCCCUCGAGCCUUGCUGGACCCUCGUCAGAGAUGGAGACAUCGGCCCUGCUGGGAGUGAAGGCCCUGGGAGCACCCCCUGUGGUGGAGGAUGAGAUCGAUCAGUACCUGAGCAAGCAGGACGGCAAGAUCUACCGAAGCCGCGACCCCCAGCUGUGCCGCCACGGCCCACUGGGGAAAUGUGUGCACUGUGUUCCACUUGAGCCGUUUGAUGAGGACUACCUGAACCAUCUUGAACCUCCAGUGAAGCACAUGUCCUUCCACGCCUACAUCCGCAAGCUGACUGGCGGGGCCGACAAGGGGAAGUUUGUGGCCCUUGAGAACAUCAGUUGCAAGAUCAAAUCAGGCUGCGAGGGACAUCUCCCAUGGCCCAAUGGCAUCUGCACCAAGUGCCAGCCCAGCGCCAUCACCCUCAACAGACAGAAGUACAGACACGUGGACAACAUCAUGUUUGAGAAUCACACUGUGGCGGACCGCUUCCUUGACUUCUGGAGAAAGACCGGGAACCAGCACUUUGGGUAUUUGUAUGGCCGGUACACAGAGCACAGAGACAUCCCUCUCGGCAUCAGGGCGGAGGUGGCUGCCAUCUACGAGCCCCCCCAGAUUGGUACACAGAACAGCUUGGAGCUUCUUGAAGAUCCGAAAGCGGAGGUGGUCGACGAAAUCGCCGCCAAACUUGGCCUGAGGAAGGUUGGCUGGAUAUUUACUGACCUUGUCUCUGAAGACACCCGGAAGGGCACUGUCCGCUACAGUCGAAAUAAGGACACUUACUUCCUGAGUUCAGAAGAAUGUAUCACUGCAGGGGACUUCCAAAACAAGCAUCCCAACAUAUGUCGACUCUCCCCUGACGGACACUUUGGAUCCAAGUUUGUCACCGCUGUGGCAACAGGUGGGCCUGACAACCAGGUCCACUUUGAAGGUUACCAGGUGUCCAAUCAGUGCAUGGCCCUGGUUCGAGAUGAGUGUCUGCUGCCGUGCAAAGACGCCCCUGAGCUUGGCUAUGCCAAGGAGUCGAGCAGCGAGCAGUACGUGCCCGACGUGUUCUAUAAGGAUAUCGACAAGUUUGGCAACGAAAUCACCCAGUUGGCACGCCCCCUGCCCGUGGAAUACUUGAUCAUCGAUAUCACAACCACCUUUCCCAAGGACCCUGUUCAUACCUUCUCCAUCUCACAAAACCCAUUCCCCAUUGAGAACCGGGAUGUCCUGGGGGAAACACAGGACUUCCACAGUCUGGCCACCUACCUGUCCCAGAAUACCUCAGCCAUGUUCCUGGACACCAUCUCAGACUUCCACCUGCUGCUUUUCCUGGUCACCAAUGAAGUCAUGCCCCUGCAGGACAGCAUCAGCUUGCUGCUGGAGGCCGUGAGGACCAGGGAUGAGGAACUGGCCCAGACCUGGAAGAAGUCUGAGCAGUGGGCCACCAUUGAACAGCUCUGCAGCACCGUCGGCGUGCAGCUUCCCGGCCUCCAGGACUUCGGUGCCGCAGGAGGCUCCGCGCACGCCACCAGCUCUGCCACCAUGUGGGCCUGCCAGCACUGUACCUUCAUGAACCCACCGGGCACCGGCCACUGCGAGAUGUGCAGCCUCCCAAGGACCUAA